UUUAAGGUUUUUCUUUGCACUUCGUUACACAUAUUUGCCAUUCCUGUUGCGUGUUUGAAAAUGCGGUAUCAAGACAUGAACCUGGACGGCCAGAAGUCCGUAAAGCCUCAGUUUUUCCCCCAAAAUGUAACGGGAUCCGUCAGACGUGCACCGCCCUCAAACGAAGACAUGUCGAAAAAAGUAUUAAACAAAGUUUAUGAAGAUGCAGUAACGUUUUAAAAGCAUAUAGUGCAAGUUUUUUCGGCUACACUUUGUGUUGGCUUUGUCGUCGUUGUUGUUUUUUUCGAAAGUUUUUUCCGAUAUUUUAGACAGGCAGGUUAUAAAGUAUCUUUGAGUAAGGAUUGUUCACCUGUGCCGUAGGCGCAGCGAUGGGGCCUUUGUCAUCCUGAAGGAGAUCCCAGUAGAGCAGAUGUCACGGGACGAGCGUCUGGCAGCUCAGAACGAGUGUCAGGUCCUGAAACUGCUCAACCAUCCAAACAUCAUAGAGUACUAUGAGAACUUCCUGGAGGACAAGGCACUCAUGAUAGCUAUGGAGUAUGCACCAGGAGGAACCCUGGCUGAAUACAUACAGAAGCGCUGCAACUCUCUUCUGGAUGAGGACACCAUCCUUCACUUCUUUGUGCAGAUCUUACUCGCACUGUACCACGUCCACAACAAACUCAUCUUGCACAGAGACCUUAAGACACAGAAUAUUCUCCUUGACAAGCACCAGAUGAUUGUCAAAAUUGGAGAUUUUGGCAUCUCCAAAAUACUUGUCAGCAAGAGCAAAGCUUACACGGUGGUUGGGACCCCAUGCUACAUCUCCCCUGAGCUUUGUGAAGGAAAGCCAUAUAACCAGAAGAGUGACAUCUGGGCUUUGGGCUGUGUGCUGUAUGAGCUGGCGAGCCUUAAGAGAGCCUUUGAGGCUGCUAAUCUACCUGCCCUUGUUCUGAAGAUCAUGAGCGGAACAUUUGCUCCAAUUUCAGACCGGUACAGCCCCGAACUUCGACAGCUCAUCCUCAACAUGCUCAAUCUGGAUCCAUCCAAACGGCCUCAACUCAAUGAAAUAAUGGCUCUUCCCAUAUGCAUCAGACCCCUGCUUAACCUCUACACAGAUAUAGGCAACGUCAAAAUGCGCAGGAUUGAGAAACCACUAUCUGCUGUGCAAACUGGUCCUCAAGGUAGACCAGGAGGAAGAGUUCCUACCAACAGGUCCAGAGACGGAUCAGUUGGUUUAGGAUCAGGGAAGGUGCAUUCGCUCCCACUGUCCUCGGUGUAUACCUGGGGAAGUGGAAUCUCAGCGCCUCUCCGCCUGCCGAUGCUCAACACCGAAGUGCUGCAAGUGUCUCUGGGCCGCACUCAGAAGAUGGGGGUGACCAAAUCAGGCCGCCUGAUUACAUGGGAGGCUCCAUCAGUGGGGUCUGGCGAGGCCAGUCUGCCCGGUGUUGUGGAGCCGAUGCAGCCUCAGUUCAUUUCACGUUUCCUCGAGGGUCAGUCUGGAGUCACCAUCAAGUCUGUGUCCUGUGGCGAUCUUUUUACCACCUGCAUGACAGACAGGGGCAUUAUCAUGACGUUUGGAAGUGGAAGCAACGGCUGUCUAGGCCACGGUAACUUCAAUGAUGUAACACAGCCCAAGAUAGUUGAGGCGCUCCUUGGCUAUGAGCUGGUUCAGGUGUCUUGUGGCGCUUCCCACGUACUCGCUGUGACCAAUGAAAGAGAAGUAUUUGCCUGGGGAAGAGGAGACAAUGGUCGCCUCGGGCUCGGCACCCAAGACACCCACAACUCUCCACAGCAGGUGUGCUUACCUGUGGAAUUCGAGGCCCAGAGGGUGGUGUGUGGAGUCGACUGCUCCAUGAUUAUCAGCACCAAGCACAACAUCGUGGCAUGUGGAAGCAACAGGUUCAACAAGCUCGGGCUGGAUAAAAUAAUUAUUGGAGAGGAACCAAAUCCCUCAAAUCAGGUGGAAGAAGUUCAUUCCUACACCCCUGUCCAAUCAGCCCCACUCAACAGCGAGAGGAUAGUUUACAUUGAUAUUGGGACAGCCCAUUCUGUUGCUGUUACAGAAAAAGGUCAGUGCUUUACCUUUGGCAGCAACCAGCAUGGCCAGAUGGGCUGCAGUUCUCGUCAUAGCAGUCGUGUGCCCUGCCUGGUGCCUGGGCUGCAGGGCAUCACCAUGGCAGCCUGUGGAGAUGCUUUCACCUUAGCUAUCGGAUCUGAAGGGGAGGUGUACACCUGGGGCAAGGGGGCCCGCGGCCGCCUUGGAAGAAGAGAGGAGGAUUCUGGGAUACCGAAGGCGGUGCAGCUCGACGAGAGUCACCCAUUUGUGGUGACAUCAGUGGCUUGUUGUCAUGGCAACACUCUGCUGGCAGUGAAACCUUUGCUUGAAGAACCUGUCCCGAGAUGAUUUUGUCCUAAAAAUGAACCUGUUCAGUGUCGGUCAUGAAGCCUGGUGGCAGCAUGAGCUGAAGGAGAAACUGUCCUUUGAAUAACUCCCCCCCAGAGGCCCAUCACUUCUGCAGCUGAAAGAUUCCCUUUCACACUGCAGCUGUGGCCUUAAUUCUUCCUUUGUUUUCCACUGUGUAUAUUUCCUUUUCUGCUCCAGGAAUGAAUGUUUGCUGGGUUCAGUGGUUUCCAGCAAAGCUCAGGAAAAGGUCAGAAACUGUGUGUGUUGCAGCAGGUGUAUGUCACAACAGGUUUGUUAAAGGAAUGUUGCAACACUGUUUCUGAGGCUGGAUUACAGGAAGUCAUUAUGGAGCCUUCACACGGUGAACUAUUGUCCUUUCUCACGUGCAGGGUUAGCAUGAUAAAGACCAGUAAAAGUCAAACUGGCCUGAGCUCUCUUAAGCCACUGGUGAAUGAUGAUACAAUGCACAGAAAUGGAAAGAAUGAAAGCCUCUUGAGCGUUUAGUAGCUCAUCAGUCAAAUGAACCAAACACAUUAUUCUUGAUCCCAUCGUGAGUGGUCACAUUGUGCUUUAUUGGAUUAGUCCCUCAAUACGUUUGUAACCAGACAACGAUGUUUUGUCGAGGGUUCGACUGAGCAUCGUCUUAGUGACUUAAUGACUGUGGUUUAUUUCACUCCCUUGUUCAUUCAUUCACUGCUCCUAUGUGAGACACACCCAGUAGAUUAUAUAUAUGUUUAUAGCUUCAUCACUGACAUCAUGUGACAGAUUACCUUGUGGGAUUGUUAGAAGCUUUGUAUUUUUGCAGGAUUCUGUAUUGUAAUUCAGUGUGAACAUAUAUAUAUAUACACACACAUAUACAUAUAUAUAUUCAUAUAAUGUUUUCAAUGACAUGGUAUACUGUAUAUGUAUGUAAACUGAAAACAAAGUUGCAAAACAGGAGUGAAAAUGUCAUGGAUGAAUUUUACUGAAAUGAAAGUUUAAGCAAAUACACUUAAAGUGUCAAAAGUAAAAGCACUUAAUAUGAAGAAGGGCCCAUUUCAGAAUAAUAUAAAUUAUAUAAAUGCAUUAUAACUAUUGAUGCAUUAAUGUGUAAGCAUCACUGAUCUUGCAGCUUAUUUGUUGACUGUAUUUUGUAUUAAUAACCUGAAAGUAGCCAAAAGGUAACUAAAGGUAUCAGAUAUUAAAAAAAUAUCCUCUGAAAUAUGAUGGAAUAGAACUAAAAUGCAAAAAAAAAUGAACACAGUGUUUGUACUCAGAUUCUUUCUUCCUCUGGUUACUAAGAAGUGAAAUCUUUGCAGCACAUGAACAACCGUGUGAUAAAUCUUGUGUCAUAUGAGAAGAUGUUUUCACAGUUUAUUGUGAAGUCAGACAGAAUUUGUGAUGCACAAAUGAAUGUUUUGUUUGAAUUUUUCAGACCGCCUGAUGUUUCUCGUGGCUGCUAACGGAUGUCUGGAGACAAAAAAUUAAGCAUCUUGAUGCAUCUUGACUGGGAAGUUAGACUUUAAAAUUAAACAAGUUCUACAUCAGCAGGUUAAAAUUAAUAACUAACCUACAGCACAGUGCUGACUCUCUCAGUGACAGUCUGAUUACAUGUGCUUUGUUCUGCUCGCACAGUCCUCAUUAUCCCCGCAUUAAUCAUGCAGUCACACAUUAAUUUGUGUAAUUUUCACAGA